AUGGAUCUCCCGCCAGGAAUCCCGACGGAUGGUGUCCCCAAUGGUCACGGCGGAGAACGUGAUGGCGGUGAGGUGGCGCAGUCCUCAACAGGGACAGCAGGCGUGCCAGCUAUGGGCUUUGUGUGCGUCAAUGGGAGCUGGGCCCCUUACUAUCUCGUGCAGGGCCAAAUGGUGAUUCAUGAUGCAGGGCUCUACGGGAUCAACGUGGGAGUCACCUGCCACGCCGGUUCGGAGGCCGGCAAUGCCACUCCAGAUCGGACUCCGGUGCCGCCACCUCCGCCUACACCUCUGCCUGCCACUAUGGGAUCUUCGGUUGGUGGGGGAGGAGGUGUGGAAGUAGAGGAGCCGAGCAAGUUGGUUACGAAGCUGCCCGUGUUGACUGCGAUGAAAGGGACCGAUGCCGCCGUGGUGGCCGGGGACUGGUUGGCACAGCUGGAGCCGAGUAUGGCAAGCUUGAGCAGCACGGCAGCUGUCUGGUGGCAUGACAUGAUGGCAAAGGAGCAGCGGGCCUCAAUGCUGUUGCUGGACAGCCUUCCGGAGGAUCUCAAGGCCGAGGCGGUCUCAGUGCGAGCGGUGACGGUCGAGGCCAUGGUGUUCCUUGUGCACUGCUCUUUCCAGCCAGGUGGCUCUGCGGAGAAGGCUUACUUGCUUCACUUCCUUACCUCGCCCGAUGCCGGGAACACAGUGGAUGCGGCGGUGGUGUCUAUUAGGAAGUGGAUUCGUCUUCUGCGGAAGGGAAAAGAGCUUCAGGUUGUACUACCCGAUCCCAGCCUUCUUUGCAGGGGUUUGGACAAGCUACAUGCUCAGGUCUUUGCCCAGAACAAGCACCCCAGUGCGGCCUUUCGGAUCGCAAGCUUCAAACUGGAUCGACAGUUGGACUACAAAGCCAAGGCCUCGGACGUGGAGGACUAUGCGCAGCUGAUUCUUGGGGAGUUGGAGGCGGCGAUGCUUGCGCAGCCUAUGGCCCCACCGCCAAAGUUGCAACGCAUGGAGGUAGAAGGCCAGGAGCCUGCAAAGAGCAAGGGCAAAGGGAAGGUGAAGAAGCAGUGCUGGGGCUGGCAAGAUGGAUCAGGCUGUAAGUACGGGCAAAACUGUUUGUUUCAACAUGAUCCUUUCGGUCCUGGGCGAUGCUGGGGGGAAUGGUACUUCGGUUCCAGCAGCUACGACGGGGGCGACUUCUCAAAAUUCGAUGCCUUCUUCUACAACAACCUCUUCGCUAGUUCGCAAGGCCGAGGAGGAGAGUGCGCAGAACGAGGGGGUGGUGCGAACCCCGCGCCGGUGGCGGCAGCCACCGCAACAACGACCUCUACGGAUUCGGCUAGAGAGGAGUUCUUUGAGGAGGCGGCUAAGGCCUUGAAGUCGCUGCGUUUGGCGAAAGCAACCUUGGAGAGGGUGGCCGCCAUGGAUCUCGAGGAAGAAAGGACGCUGGUGGACUCCGGCGCUACUACGUCGAUGAGGUCGGCCAAGGCCCAUGAACUUGAAGGACUUCCGAGCCGCAAAGUGUUGUUGGCGGAGGGCGAGGCGGUUUUCUACCAACUUCCAGGGGGGACCUUGCUUACGGAGCGAAAGACCUCGCCCAUCCUCGCGAUGAGUGAUCUUAUGGCCAUCGGUUGUCGAGUGUCAUGGAGCACUGGAGAUGGCUGCAAAAUCGUGCACCCAGUGCGGGGAGAUCUCCAAGUGACUGUUGUGAACGGAUGUCCAGAGCUGGAGGUGAAGUUGGGUUUGGACUUGAUCGCCGAAGCAGAGUCUAUGAAACUUCGUGGGCGUGAGGCCGAACUGGCUGUGAACAAGUUGGUUGAGUCGCGCAGCAAGAAGCCGGUGUUUGACUGGGAGCUUGGAGCCAAGGCGGUGAAGGACCUCCGCAAUGGUGUUGGGGUGUCGUGGGCUUGGUUGUACAAGGCGUUUCCCGAGGCACCUUCAUGGCUUCUUUCGGCUAUUCCAGUGACGGCGUCUAUGGAGGGUGCUAAGGUGCCAUGGAAUCGUCGCGAGCGGAAACGCUGGCAACAGGCGACGGCGAUCGCCAUUCAUCUGUUCUGUGGAAAGGACAGAGCUUCGUGGAUGUCAAGAGCCGAGGCAGCCCAUGUGGUCACGGUGGACCAAGCCGAGGACAUCAUGGCGGAUGAUACCUACGUGGCGCUGCUGGAGUUGGCUCUAUCUGGAAAGGUCAAAACGGUGUUUGGUGGCCCACCCUGCAGAACGUUCUCCGCACUUCGCAACUUGAGCCAUGGAGACAACGGACCUCGACCGCUACGGGAUCGCGAAGGUGAUGGACGGUGGGGUCGUGGUGAUCUUAGCGAAUGGGAGACAUGGAGGGUGCGACAGGACACAAUCAUGGUCUUUCGCAUGUUGUUUCUGUGGAUGGUGGCUGCAGCGGUGGCCAAGGGGAGGGGCGAUCGUAGCCCGGACUUUAUGUUGGAGCAUCCUGAGGACCCGAAUGAGUUCCUGAAGGAAGCUGGGAGAACUUCUCAAUGGGCCCUUCCGGAGAUGAAGGCAAUGGAGGUGAUCAAGUCUGAGGUGGAGGUGAGUUUGGCGGGAGCUACCUUGGAGCGCGUGAUGAAGAUGGACGCCAGCGAUGAUGAACGUCUAAAAAAGGUCAAGUACGGCUUGAUUGCGACGCUGGCGGUGCCGCAUGUGCUUGGCAAGCUUCUCCAGCCAGCGGAGCCCGGCGAGGAGGAUGAUGGAAGAGGAGUGGGACCAGUUGUGGAUGAGGGUGACCCUUUGGAGGGCGAUGAAGUGGGUCCCGAAGAGGAUGCGGAGGAACCUUUGUCGGCUGCGGAGAAGCGGCGUAGUGACAAGGAGGAGGCCAAGUCAGAGGCUCUGGUUUCUAAGGAAAAGAUCGAGGAUGUGACCAUGGUGGAGGUUCCCUUCUUUAUGCCGCUGGGAUCCAAAACGGCGGCGGAGGUGUUGAUGGCCACCAAGGAGAUUCUUCUACAAGUUCGUCGACUGGGUUUGGUGGUCAAGCGUGUGCACACGGACUGCGGAAGGGAGUUCGUUAACAAGGCGUUUCGAGCUCUAUGUGCAGACCGGGGCUUGGUGCGCACCACGACGGGCGGCGACAACUUCCGCUCCAGUGGCCGUGUGGAAGCGCUGGUUGGGAGAGCCAAAAGUGCGGUGAGAACCCUGUUGAGUUCGUCAAAGAUGGGACCGGAGGCUUGGGCUUUCGCGAUGAGGCACUACACUGCCAGAGUACAAUGGUCUGCGGUCACUCAGUUGGGCGGUCGCUAUCCUCGUCUACCUCCUUUUGGAACCAAGGUCUUUGUCAAGAAGAGAUCCUGGCAGAUGCUCAAGGAGGAGUUCGUGGAGAAGGUGGCACCGGCCCGGAGGAGCUACCUUACUACAAUGGUGGCCGUGGAGAAUGUGAAGGAGACCUCUGGUGAGUUUGAGGUGGAUGCGGCACCUACAGUGGGUGUUCAGCCGGGGAAGCGUCAUCGGAUCAAAGGCAAGACCACACUGGCCAUUGCAAAGUGCGAGGGGUUGCGCAAGCUGGAUCAGCAGGAGGAGCAUCUCAUCCAGGAUGAGGAGUGCGCUGAAAUGCUCCUGGAAGCCCAGGACUUUUCCCCAGAGGCCAUGGACGAGCUCCUGGGUGGCCUUUGGUUGGGUGAUGCUAUGCUCGCCAACCGACGAGGAAAGACCUUUGACUCAGGUUCGAAGGUUUCAGCGCAUGUGGCUGGGAUGUUUCGCCAUGGAGGAAUGGUGGGAGCUACCAACUUGGCUCGACAGCGUCCUGCCCUUACCAAGUAUCUGGUCCUGGCCAUGAAAGCACAACUCCCUCCGGGAACUACAUUUACCACCCUUGCCCUCAACUUCAACACGCCCAUGCAGUGUCACUGCGACACCAACAACAAGCCGGGUGAGAAGGCAUUCCUCAUGGGUUUCGGCAACUAUGUGGGAGGAGCGUUGUGGUGCCAUGAAAAUUGUGCUUCCAAUGAGGAGAUAGAUCCGUCCUUGUGUACCUGUCGGGUGUCUGCCAGUGGUCCACAGGAGUUCUACAUUGGAGACUCUGUUCCUGAUGAGUUGGACUCGGGCGAGAACGGGGUGGACAGCAAUCUGGUUUUGGGCGAUGGUGGGAUGGAGUCGUGGCUACAGGAAGAGUGGGGAGCGUAUGGACCUUCUGAGGUAGCGCAGCUCAAGACCGUCGCGGAGGAAAAGGAUGUCUCCUACCAGAUUGUCGGGGCUGAAGUUCCGUUGGAAGUGGGGUGGGAUUUGUUUGAGGUCUACUUGGAUGGACUUCGUCUGGCUUUGGUGCAGGAGGAGUAUGCCGAGAGAGACCACCUUAUUCGACAAAGUGAAGACGGUGAUGAGUGCCAAGGACCUCUUGCCCAGUGGAUGUCCAGCCGAAGGGCCUUGGAGGAGGUGUUGGGAUUGGCCAAGGAAGUCGAGGAUGACCCGCAGUGUGCUGGCCUUCGUAAGGCUGAGGCGACGGUGGACGACGAGGAGGCUCCCCUUCACACUAAGACGAUCCCCAACGAGAUUGUGCGCCGGGAGAUUGAGAAUGUGGGUGCCCAGCAUGCUCUCCGAGUACGAAAGGAGUUUGACUUGGUGCCGGGGAAGACUGUGCACACUGUGAAGGCGUUCACCGGACGACUGAAGAGCCGAGCGGUCAUCUGUGGGAAUUUCCUGGGGCAGAGUUUCUCCAAGGAUCAGAAGUACGCAGCUGGAGCUGAUGGGGUGUUGACUAGGGUCCUCCUUCGGAUGGUUGCGCUGAUGGGCUGGAGCCUAUGUGUGAUGGACGUGCGCGCCGCCUUUUUGCUGGCUCCUCUUCUAUUUCAAGAAGAUCGUCCUACGUUGGUUCAGGCGCCGAAGAUGUUUCUCCUGGGAGGAGUGUGUCGAGAAACCAUUUGGCGAGUCAAACGGGCUCUCUAUGGAAUGGUGACUUCUCCUCGAUCUUGGGAGGUGUAUAGGAACAAGACAAUGGCCCAAAUGCGGGGAAAGGUUCCGGAAGGUGAAGUUCGCUUCGUCCCCUCCGAGAUCGAUGGAAGCUUGUGGUAUGUCAUGGUGGGCGGAAGACGCGCAGGAGCCAUCAUCUGCUACGUGGACGACCUUCUGAUUGCUGGAGAAAAGAAUGUGGCUUCCGCGGCUCAAAUGGUUGCCCGAACAUGGAAGUGUACGGAGCCACAGUGGGAUGAUGUGUCGUUCAAUGGCUUUGAGAUUCGGAAGACCGAUGAGGGCCUGUUGUUGAGCCAGGACAGCUACACCAAGGAUUUGUUGGCUCGUUACAAGGACUUCGAUGGUUUUGAGGAAACUCCGGCCCCGGUCCAGCUCAAUGCGGAGGACUUUGUGAUCAAGGAGGACGAGUGCACGGCUGAUUUUGUGCGAGCAGCUCAGACCAUGGCGGGCGAGCUUCAGUGGCUGGCCGGUCGUUGUCGUCCGGAGGUACUGUAUGCUGUGAAUCUCCUGUCACAGGCCAUCAGCAAGAGUCCAAAGGAGGCCGUGUACCGAGGGGGCCACUUGAUUCGUUACCUCAAGCGCUUCCCCGAGGCCGGAAUCUUGUACAAGAAGGAGGCCCAGUUGACCGAGGACGCUCAAGUAUCCUCUGCGGGCAUCGUCAUCGAGGGCUUCUGUGAUGCGAGCUUUGCCCCGAACUCUGGAAGGAGUCAGCAGGCCAUCAUGAUCUUUGUCAUGGGCAGGUUGGUGGCCUGGACCAGUAGCCGGCAAGCUUUCGUGACUAUGUCAACCGCGGAAAGUGAACUGGUUGGCAUUUGUGAACUUACCACGUGUAUGAAGUCCAUCGAGCAGUUAGUCGCCGAGGUGAUGAUCCGCACUGGAGCAGCGGCCAAUGAGGUGAAGAAGGUGAUCUGCUCCGACUCCCAGGCGGCGUUGUCGGUGUGCCGUUGUGCCGCUGGCAGCUGGCGCACCAGGCAUUUGAGGAUCCGAGGAAACAUGAUCAGGGAACUGCUUGAGUUCCCCGACUGGGUCGCCUACCACAUUGAUGGACGGCUGAUGAUUGCCGAUUUGGGGACCAAGCCUCUUUCCUCGGAUCGUUUUGCCUUUCUCGUGGACAAGAUGCGAGUGGUAAGGAAGCGCCGUACCGUUACAGGAGCGGAUCCAGUUCAGGUGAAGAAGUUGCUUGCGCUCCUAUGUUUGGUGUCGCUGGUCGAUGGUGCAAGAGGUGCGGAAGCCGGAAAUGGUUCUGUGGGCUCCUUCGACUACGGUUUCUUCAUGAUCUGCAUUGUUGCCGUGAUUGAAGGGGGUCUUGUCACGACUAUGGGAGUGGCUGAUCGACGAGAGGGAGACUCACCCGAUGACUCCUCGGCCGCAUCCUCCAAUAGGCUGCGUCAGAGAAGUCGUCUUACCGGGGAAAAGCGUCCGCCUACGCCUCCAGUGCCCGCACCUUUCGAGCCCCUGGAGACUGUGCACGGUAACUACAACGACUACAGUUUCAAGCCGCCGACCGGAAAGCGCGACUACUGGGAGUGGAAGGAAUCUGAGGGCGUAGUAAUUCGCUGGCAUCCGACUCCCCGUACUUUGAUGUUUGUGCCGGGACAAACCGCAGCAGGACCAACGCAGGCCCAGCUCUCGGGACAUCGUGCCACCUACGCGACCUUUGCCAACGGGGAAACCAAGAAGAUUGUGGACAACUACCGGGAGAUUCACAAACCUGCUCAUCCCGUUGCUGAUCGUGAAUGGAAAGGAAGAACAGUGCUGAAAUUAGCACCCGGGGCGAACCGCCCA